AUGUUGCAUGGAGGUGAGAGCGUGUCAGACGGGUCCCUGAACGCAACACCGCCUAUGCUGCGUGGAGGUGAGAGCGUGUCAGACCGGUCCCUGAACGCAACAUCGCCUAUGCUGCGUGGACGUGAGAGCGUGUCAAACCGGUCCCUGAACGCAACAUCGCCUAUGCUGCGUGGACGUGAGAGCGUGUCAGACCGGUCCCUGAACGCAACACUGCCUAUGCUGCGUGGAUGUGAGAGCGUGUCAGACCGGUCCCUGAACGCAACACCGCCUAUGCUGCUUGUACGUGAGAGCGUGUCAGACCGGGCCCUGAACGCAACACUGCCCACGUUGCGUGGAGGUGAGAGCGUGUCAGACCGGGCCCUGAACGCAACACCGCCUAUGCAGCUUGUACGUGAGAGCGUGUCAGACCGGUCCUUGAACGCAACACCGCCUAUGCUGCUUGUACGUGAGAGCGUGUCAGACCGGUCCCUGAACGCAACACCGCCUAUGCUGCUUGUACGUGAGAGCGUGUCAGACCGGUCCCUGAACGCAACACCGCCUAUGCUGCUUGUACGUGAGAGCGUGUCAGACCGGUCCCUGAACGUAACACCGCCUAUGCUGCUUGUACGUGAGAGCGUGUCAGACCGGUCCCUGAACGCAACACCGCCUAUACUGCUUGUACGUGAGAGCGUGUCAGACAGGUCCCUGAACGCAACACCGCCUAUGCUUCUUGUACGUGAGAGCGUGUCAGACCGGUCCUUGAACGCAACACCGCCUAUGCUGCUUGUACGUGAGAGCGUGUCAGACCAGUCCCUGAACGCAACACCGCCUAUGCUGCUUGUACGUGAGAGCGUGUCAGACCGGGCCCUGAAUGCAACACCGCCCACGUUGCGUGGAGGUGAGAGCGUGUCAGACCGGGCCCUGAACGCAACACCGCCUAUGCAGCUUGUACGUGAGAGCGUGUCAGACCGGUCCUUGAACGCAACACCGCCUAUGCUGCUUGUACGUGAGAGCGUGUCAGACCGGUCCCUGAACGCAACAUCGCCUAUUCUGCGUGGAGGUGAGAGCGUGUCAGACCGGUCCCUGAACGCAACACCGCCUAUGCUGCGUGGAGGUGAGAGCGUGUCAGACCGGUCCCUGAACGCAACACCGCCCACGUUGCGUGGAGGUGAGAGCGUGUCAGACCGGUCCCUGAACGCAACACCGCCUAAGCUUCUUGUACGUGAGAGCGUGUCAGACCGGUCCUUGAACGCAACACCGCCUAUGCUGCUUGUACGUGAGAGCGUGUCAGACCAGUCCCUGAACGCAACACCGCCUAUGCUGCGUGGAGGUGAGAGCGUGUCAGACCGGUCCCUGAACGCAACACCGCCCACGUUGCGUGGAGGUGAGAGCGUGUCAGACCGGGCCCUGAACGCAACACCGCCUAUGCAGCUUGUACGUGAGAGCGUGUCAGACCGGUCCUUGAACGCAACACCGCCUAUGCUGCUUGUACGUGAGAGCGUGUCAGACCGGUCCCUGAACGCAACAUCGCCUAUUCUGCGUGGAGGUGAGAGCGUGUCAGACCGGUCCCUGAACGCAACCUCGCCUAUGCUGCGUGGAGGUGAGAGCGUGUCAGACCGGUCCCUGAACGCAACACCGCCCACGUUGCGUGGAGGUGAGAGCGUGUCAGACCGGUCCCUGAACGCAACACCGCCUAAGCUUCUUGUACGUGAGAGCGUGUCAGACCGGUCCUUGAACGCAACACCGCCUAUGCUGCUUGUACGUGAGAGCGUGUCAGACCGGUCCCUGAACGCAACACCGCCUAUGCUGCUUGUACGUGAGAGCGUGUCAGACCGGUCCCUGAACGCAACACCGCCUAUGCUGCUUGUACGUGAGAGCGUGUCAGACCGGUCCCUGAACGUAACACCGCCUAUGCUGCUUGUACGUGAGAGCGUGUCAGACCGGUCCCUGAACGCAACACCGCCUAUACUGCUUGUACGUGAGAGCGUGUCAGACAGGUCCCUGAACGCAACACCGCCUAUGCUGCGUGGAGGUGAGAGCGUGUCAGACCGGUCCCUAAACGCAACACCGCCCACGUUGCGUGGAGGUGAGAGCGUGUCAGACCGGUCCCUGAACGCAACACCGCCUAAGCUGCUUGUACGUGAGAGCGUGUCAGACCGGUCCCUGAACGCAACACCGCCUAUGCUGCGUGGAGGUGAGAGCGUGUCAGACCGGUCCCUGAACGCAACACCGCCCACGUUGCGUGGAGGUGAGAGCGUUGUCAGACCGGUCCCUGAACGCAACACCGCCUAA